AGGUAACAAGGAGCAAUGAACUUUUUGCUGAAGUCUGAAAGCGCAGCAUGAGCACCUCCUCAAUUGCACGAAACACUUCCUCUAGACAGCAGUAGCAGGGCAAGUACCUGUUUGAGAACACAAUGAUCAGCGUUUUAAUAUGUUUCACUGUUGUAUCAGAGAUUCUUACUGAAGGAGCAUCAGUGAAAGUUCAUCCAGGAGGAAACACAACACUUCCCUGUAGCAUUAAAAAUGAUAAAGAGAUUACCUGGAUCAUUACAAAUGGAAACCAAACAUUUGUCAGAAUUCUGAGACUAGAAUAUGGUUAUGGUCCAGAUCCUAAACCAGAGCCCUCCAAUAUUCACCCCAGUUACGCAGGUCGUAUAAGAGCUCUCAGUUCAUCCACAAACACUCACGCUCUGCUUCUGAUGAACAUCACUGACACUGAUCUCAUGCUCUACUGCUGCACUGACUAUAACAUUGAGCAAACUCACUGCACAAAACUGGACUAUGAAGAAGUGAGCACUGAAGAUGUGGAUGUCAGUCAUGAUCCAGUGAUCAUCAGUGUCGUCCCGUGGCUGCCUGUCAUCUGCUUGCUUCUGCUGCUCUUACUGGUGUCAAGUGUCUAUGUGUGUUGGAGAGGAACAGGACUGUGGAAAGGUUGUGGAAGAACUAAUAACCUGAACCAGGACUGGAUUCAUAUUGUUCAGGGUAAAAUUGGACAAAGUGAUUGGACACUGGCUGAAGUUUUGUAUACACCAAUACCUUAAUUCAUUAUCACAAAAUAAUUUUAUAAACUAAACUUUAGCUUUUGUCUUUAAUACAAAUUAAGCAUCAGCAAGACAUCUCAUGCAUUUUAAACCGAGACACUCUAUUUAUAGAAAUUCUUCUAAUAAAGUGACAAUCAGAACUGAAAUAGAGAUUUAAGAAGCUUUUUUGGAUGCAUUUUCUGGUGGGGAUCUGAAGCAAUGACUUUAUUUGUUAGACAUAUAUUCUGUUCAGUGGCCUUAAUCACGUCCUGUUUUUCACUGCUAUCAGUAAUCAAAUAUAUUGCUUUAGCACAAUGAGCCACUAAUGUGUGAAAUGUGCUGUGGUAUCUGACCAGAGCAGGUCCAGAGAGACCGUGAUAUUUUUUCAGAGAACAAUGGAUGGAAAUAUGGUCACACCACUCAGAAUGUAGAUGAGGUUUAUAUCUGCUGGGUAAUCUUUGAUACAUUGCGAUAAAUUGAUGUUUGUUUAAAAGGGCAGUAGUGUGGACUACAUUACGUGAACAUUUGACUAAUGUCAAUUGAAAAAAUUGUCCGUUUUUUCCAGUGAUAAAGGUCUUGUUAACACCUGCAAGUAACGCUUGCUAUCUGAUACACCACCACUGCCACUGGCAGGUAUCUGUUCCUGUUUUAUUCAUGAACUUAAACAAGACUUUUUCUGUCAUUUUGCUUGAAUAUAUCUUGAUUGAUGAAUCUUUAGAUAUUUGUACUGGGGGAAAAGUCACUUUUUUCUUUCUUUCUUUCUUUCUUUUCUUUCAUUCUCGGGGCCCAUGACUAAGAGGGGGCCCAGAGAAGCCCCCAAUAAAAUUGUGGUGCUAAAAAAAAAUAUUUGAUAGUAAAAAUUAUUAACUUUAAAUUAUUCUAUUUGCUGUUUCCUGGUGUCAAAAAAAUGUAUUUUUUUUAGGAAACACAAACGUCCGUGGCCCCUCUCCCCCUCUCGAUUAUCAAAAAUGGUUCAGUCCGCGCAAAUAGUAUCCAGUAACCAAGGCAACACAAACAGCUUGACUACACUUAUAGCGCCGGCAGAUUCAACUUGACAGAGGAUGUGAAAAUGCCUCAAAAAUCUGGAAGUCAAAAACGGAAAGAGAAAAAAAAUAAGAGAAGUAAAAGAGGCAAAGGAUCGACAGUAUGUUACCCAAUAUUUCACAAGAAAAGGUGGGUUUGUAAGUAACUGUUAGGCCUAAAUUGUUAGUGGACCGGCCGUGACAAUGAUCGUAGGAUACGGCACUUGUAUGUGCGUACGCACGCUUUGUACAUGAGGCCCUAGGUCUCUACGAUAGCAUUUUUCGAUAAGUUAGCACGUUUCGAUAGAGCAGGGUGCAGUGGGUGCACGGCUUUGCCUCACAUGUAGCCGGUGUCGGCAUCUUUGUACGAGGCGGCGCCCACUUUCAGCACGCUGCUGCGGUCCACAGUGUUGCACCUGUCUUGCAAGCAAUCUAACUUCAUGAACUCUGAUAAAAAUCGUCUGCCAGCUACUGUACAAACUACUAUCAGCUGUUUGUGAGGUUUCAGUGCAUCUCUUGAAUAUGAUGUGGAGUUGUAUUACUACUUGAGAGGUCUACAAUGUCUCAAGAAAGGCUUGCUAUGCUUUCCACUGAGAGCGAGUUGGCUAGAGAGCUCGACUUCAAAGAUUUGACUAAUGAUUUUGCAGCUGAAAAGGUCAGACGUUGGACAUUUUUGUUUAGAAAUGUUGAGCAAGUACAAGAGAUUUGAAAUGAUGUGGAAAGAGUAACUCAGACUCAUCUAUGUUAUACCUUGGCCAUUCUUUGGUAUAGUAUAUUAUGCAAGUUCUGCUUAAAUUAUUAUACAUUUUAUUUGGCCAUUUUGUUUUAUGGUGGUGUUUUCUUGCUGAUAUUUUUUUUCUACCACAGAUUGUAAUUCUUGUUUUUUGUAUUGAAUUAUUUAGAAGUUUCAGUAUCAGUGUUGAAGCAAAUAAAUAUAAAUACAUUUCAUU